GCGUAGGGACUGUCAAAUGAAAGCUGUGUUUAAUAAGCAUUAUUCUACUGCCAUAAUUUAAUAACAAAUUGUACGUGUCUUUUAUGUUUACUCGGUUAAAUACUUACCAAAAUUAUAGAAAUGUUAAAAUAUAUUACAUUGUUACUGGCUUUAUGUGUUGGCAGCAUAUUUGCUGAGUUCACAGCGCAGGACUGCCGAGAACUUGGGUUUAACAAAGCCCAACUAAUGUGUUCAUCCUGUGAAAAAUUAAAUGAUUUCGGUUUGGAUUCGAUAAAGCCACAUUGCAAGGAGUGUUGUACGCCUGAUAAACAGCCAGCUGCACAACGUCGUUGGCCGAAAGCCAUACUCGAAGUAUGCACAUGCAAAUUUCGUGCUUAUCCACAAAUUGAAGCAUUCAUAAAGAGUGGCAGACCGGCGAAAUAUUCGAAUUUACAAAUUAAAUACAUGCGUGGCCUUGAUCCGACUGUCAAAUUACUAGACGCUCGCGGUAAUGUGCAGGAGACAUUAUCCAUAACCAAAUGGAAUACAGACACCGUCGAUGAGUUCUUCGAUACGCAUUUAGAGAAACCAGCUGGCAAAAAUAGCGGCAAAUCUGCUUAUAGCGUGGUGGAAGAGGAAGACAGUGAAGAUUACCUUGAAACAAAUAGAAUUUAGUAGCCACUAGUAAGAUAGCACAAUUAGCAAAUUAUUCAAAUUAAUUUGUGUAUUAGCUAAGUUAAAUGUGUUUAUUUUAGUAGUUAAGUAAAAUUACAAAAAUAUGUCCUUACGUGUACUCGAGUCAAAGUUGAAUAGAGCGUUAUGUAGGCAAUAGGUUCGUACAAUGCAAUAGAGUCGCCGCAUAAUGUCGCAUAAUGGAAGCAGUGUCAAUAGAUAUGAAAAACUUUGUUCUGUGUAUUUUUAGAAAAUGUAAAUGCUUUUAAUUAUUGUUUUAUUUUUUUGUAACAGUACCUAAAUAUGAGUGUUUUUUUUUUAAUAUAAAAUCUAUUUCAUUUCACAGCAAAAAAUUGUGCUGUAAUAUAGGGUAUCUCUUUUAAGCCUACUAAAUUGAAUAAAAGUCAAAUUUUGUUUUGUUCUUUGUAGAUUUAUAUAUUUUCAGUUUUAAAUACUGUACAGAGCUUUUAAAUAAAUCCGGUACAAAAAUGAUUAAAAAAA